AGUUAUCUGAAAAAGUUUGGUUACAUGGGGACGGAGCAGCACGGUGACUUCAAGUCCAAGGUGUCCAUAGGAAAGGCUCUGAAGAUGAUGCAGAGACAGAUGGGUCUGAAGGAGACUGGAAAACUGGACAAGCCGACACUGAAUGCCAUGAAGCGACCUCGCUGUGGUGUUCCUGAUGUGGCCAAUUACCUCGUAGCUGGCGGGAUACACAAAUGGGACCAUAACAAUAUUACAUACAGGAUCCUGAACUAUUCUCUUGACAUGGAAAGCACUGUGACUGAUGAUGUCUUUGCAAGAGCAUUCAGGGUGUGGAGUGAUGUCACUCCUCUGACAUUUACCCGCCUUUUUCAAGGCGAAGCAGACAUCAUGAUCUCCUUUGAAACAGGUGACCACGGGGAUGGAUUUCCCUUUGAUGGUAAGGGUGCCACUCUAGCUCACACCUUUCUUCCAGGUAUGAAUUUUACUGUGGACGCCCACUUUGACAAUGAUGAAUACUGGACUCUGGGAAAAGGAAAUGUGGUGAAGACUUACUCUGGCAAUGCGGGAGGUGCCGUAUGUCACUUCCCAUUCACUUUCCAUGGGAGAUUGUACACCACCUGCAUCACUGAAGGCGUAAACAACAGCAUACCCUGGUGUGCAACCACAGCCAACUACGACACAGACAAGAAAUACGGCCUCUGCCCAACUGAACUCUUGUUCACAUUUGACGGAAACGCGAAUGGAGCCCCCUGUGUCUACCCCUUCAUCUUCCAGGGUAGGAUGUAUAAGUACUGCACCACCGACGGUCGCACCGACGGAAAACGCUGGUGUGCCACCACUAGCAACUAUGACACAGACGGGAUAUAUGGCAUCUGUCCCAAACGUGACACUGCUGUAAUUGGAGGAACCUCGGAGGGAGAUGCCUGCCACUUUCCUUUUGUGUUCCAAGGCAGGGAAUACCACUCAUGUACCAGUGAGGGGAGGACAGAUGGCAAAUUGUGGUGUGCCACCACUGACAGCUAUGAUAGACACGAUAGAUUUGGCUUCUGUCCCAACCGUGGUUAUAGCCUGUUCCUGAUGGCUGCCCAUGAGUUCGGACACGGCCUGGGUUUGGAUCACUCCAACGUUAGAAACGCUCUCAUGUACCCUCAGUACAGCUAUGUGGAGGAUUUCUCCCUGGAUCAGGACGACAUUGAUGGUAUUCAGUUCCUCUACGGAAAUAAAACAGGCCCUGGUCCUACUCUCAACGCCACAGUAAUACCUAAUCCGACUAGUUCAUCUGUCGUGAUAGCGUCACCAAUUGUAGAUCCCACCAAAGACCCCUGCAAGAUGCUCAAGUUUGACACCAUCACUGUGAUUCAGAAACAUCUGCAUUUCUUCAAAGAUGGGUAUUUCUGGAAGGUAUCAAGCAAGACAGACAGAGGUCGAAAGGGACCAUUUUCCAUUUCUCAGAGUUGGCCAGCUCUACCUGCUGUCAUUGACUCUGCCUUUGAGGAUGUUCAGACCACAAAAAUAUACUUCUUUUCAGGUAAGGAGUGUUCUUUCAAGAGCUUAUCAGAGCACUGA